AUGAGCGCCGUCAAGUUCUCUCAGACGAAUGACCUUGUAGGGACUGUUUGUCAAACGACAGGCUUUUCGCAAGCUGUGUCAAUUCCCGCGAGCUCUCGUAUUGUCAUCACUGCAGGCCAAGCGGGGUUUGAUCUGAAAACAGGAAUUUUGGUCGAGACAUCUGUGGAAGAUCAGAUAUCGGCUGCUUUUGAUUGCGUGGACGCAGCACUGCGAUCUGGGGGUGUGAAGGAUGGGCUUGCUUCGGUGCAUAAGAUGGUCAGCUACUUCACUGAUGCAAGGAACGAGCCUUUGAUGAUGGAAAUCUGGAAGAAGCGAUAUCCUGAUGUGAGACCUACUUGGACGGCAGUUGGAGUGGCUGGUCUCUGCAUAAAGGGCAUGGUGGUCGAGAUUCAAGCGGAGGCUACCAUCCCCUGA